GUUAUCGACUUCAAAAUGCAAAGAGAUCACUUGAAAAAAAUCACAAUGAUGCCUAUUCUAAAUGUCCAUGCACUGAAGCCAAAGCAAUGUUUGAUAAUGAAAUUCGUGGCUUUGUGACUUUCACUCAAGAAGAAUGUGGUGAUACUCAAGUGAGUGGUAUUUUCGCGACUGGACUCUUAAAUCCUCCAUAUGAAUUUUUCAUUACUGAUAAAUGUGGAAACAUUAUUAGAAAUAUCACUCAAGAUUUGAAUGUUGAAUAUUGUAAUAAUGGAACUAAACCUUUCAGUGCGAAACUUAGUAACCUUAACCUUAAUUGUGAUUUUAUUCGCUCAUUGCAAUGGCAAACUCCUGGAUCUGGUGGUGCUGAUAUGGUAGUCAACGGUGAUCCUUCUGCUACUGCAGGCAUUUAUCCGUAA